AUGGAGGGCGACCUCCGUCUUCGCAGUGGUGACUGCUUUGGCAAGUAUCAAGACGCUUCCUCACACUCCAGUGCCAGCUGCAAGAGCUGUGUCGUUUGUCCCACCGGCUAUGAUGAGACAAUUCUCUGCACCAAGGUUGCCAACGGCAAAUGCGAAGACAUCCAGCCACCCACCAUUGAGCUCCGAUACCCGGGCACGAACGUGCUCUUGAAGAGCAGCGACACUUACACCGCAGGUUUUGGGCUUCCGUUUUCGCCACCUCUCGCAAGCGCCGUCGACACUGCCGCUGGUGCGGUUGUACUCAUUCCCCCUGCGAACAUUACCAACAUAUCGACAGAUAUCCUGCAUGCUACGCGGACGCUGACGUACAUGGCAGUCGAUGCCGCAAGCAACACAGCCACACGCACCAUCACCGUUAUGGUUGAAGACACCCUAGGCCCAGAAAUUAGCUUUGAUCCACCAACGCUGAGGCUCGAAGCUGGUCAGUCACCGACACGCCACAACUUGACCAAAGGCGUUUGCCUUGUCGACAACGUGGACGGAGAGCUAUCUGUUGACCUGGAUCAGCUGCAGUACAGCAUGAACGACAUCAACGUCUCAAGUCUGGGAUCGUACCAACUCUCAUACUGGCUGAACGCAGCAGACGAAGCUGGCAACCCUGUACAGGCAACAAACAGGACUAUUAUCGUCCAAGACACGACAAAGCCAGACCUGCGGGUUGACUUUGGUCUUCGAGAGGUGCAUGCAGGCAACGAAGUCUGGCACGAGGCCGCCAUCACGUUCGUGUACCCCGUUGUAACUGCCUCAGACUCCUUUGACACCACCAUCAACUCCUCCAGCGUCAUCUCUGCAGAGUUCCCGCGGUUCAGGCCAUUCGUGGAGGACGACACCACGUUUGCGUUUACGUAUGCAGUCUCCGACGCGUCAGAUAAUCUGGCCACCGUGACAUAUGUGGUGCGGGUCGUGGACACGAUGGCGCCUACUGUCACCAUCACUGGCGACCCAUCUGUGACGCACGAGGCUGGGACGGAAUACGUGGACGCAGGAGCAACGGCGUCAGACCUGCUUGAGGAUGCGCUUGAGCGGACCAUCGACAUCACCACCCUCAACACCGUCGACGUGUACCCGGCGUCGGUACCGGCUGUGUUCACGGUGGAGUACACGGCAUGCGAUAAGGCGGGCAACUGCAACAACGCAUCACGUGCGGUGACAGUGGUGGACACGCAGCCACCCACGAUUGAGCUGGUUGGACCGUCCCAGCUGCAGGUUGAGGCCGGCAGCGAGCUCGCUGACAUCGACCCGGGCGCGCACGUGUCUGACGCGUACAACGCACCGUCACAGCUGCGCCUGAGCAUUGAUGACGGCGGGUAUGCGGCGCAGCCAGCAAGCGUCCCCGCCACAUUCAACAUCACAUACACCGUGAGCGACACGUCAAACCACACGGCCAGCAUCACGCGGGAGAUCACGGUGAUUGACACGACGCCGCCAGACGUCCGCCUCAAUGGCGCGCUGGACACGGUUGUUGGCGACGGUGUGGGCUGGGUAGAGCCGGGCAUUGCGAGUGCGUACGACAAUGCAGAUGGUGAUGUGCGGCCGCGUGUGGAGGUGAGAGUGGUGGCGCAGACGGUGGGCACUGCUGCAGCCGCGAGCAGCUGCGUGCACUCGUCUGCGCGUGACUUUGUGCCGAGCGUGGCACCACGGGUGUGGCCUUCGCCUGCGCUGGACGCGGUUGAAGCCAGUGCACCGAGCGGCACCGUGUACCGCAUCAACUACACGGUGACGGAUGCGUCCGACAACGUGGCGCACGUGGAGCGGGUGGUGCGCGUUGUGGAUGGGAGUGCGCCGACAAUGCAGCUUGUUGGUGAGCAGCUUGUGCAGCUUGAGUUUGGCGGUGAAGAUGGUAGCGGUGCGUUUGCUGAUCCUGGGGUGACGGCGCACGAUGCGCACGAUGGGGAUGUGAGUGGGAAUGUGUGCGUGAACGUGAGUGUGGUGACGGCGAAUGCGACGGGUGUGCUUGCAGUGGGGAGCGUGGCUGAUGUUGCCGCGUAUGCUGUCACCCAUGUAGUGACGCUGUAUGGCGCGGAGGAGGUGCACGUGCCGUAUGCGACACGAUAUGUGGAGGCUGGGUACAGCGCACAGGAUGUGCACGACGGCAAUGUGACGUCGCGUGUGGUGGUGCGCGGGGCCGAUGCGAUUGACGUGCACGUGGCGGGGGCGUACGAGAUUGAGUACUCGGUGACGGAUGCGAACGGCAACACGGGUGUCGCCGUGCGCAUGGUGGUGGUUGAUGCGUUGUCGUCUAGCCCCAGCAAUGUCAGCGCCAGCAGCGCAUCAACGGGCGUCAUCAUUGGCGCAGCAGUUGGUGGCUUCUUGCUUGUGGUUGGUCUCGUCGCUUCGGCUUUGAUACUGGUGCGCACAAAGAAGAGCAAUCGCCGGCCUAUGCCGGCUGAAAAGAUUGACCUUGCAGCGGACAACCACGUGGGCGAUAUUUUCGUCAACCCGGCCUAUGAAGGCUUCCACUACGCCACCCCUGCAGAUGAAGAUCAAACUCGAACGGUCGCUCCUGCGACCCUGCACGCAUGGGACGAAACAUCCUACAACACAACAGGCGUUGAACGUCCAAUCUACGCCCAGGUCGCGCGCGAAUCUGAAAUGCCCGAUGGGAUGCGCACAUACCAGUCACCCGUGCUGGCCAAUGUGUCCGAAACCUGA